AGCACGAGUGAGCAGCGGACUGCAGCAAUCUCGGCUUGGCAGGGCUGGCACCAGCACCUGGAGGAGACGUGAGCACAGGGCAUGGAUCACUGCAGGACCCUUUUCUUCUUCCUGUGUCUCCUGGCAUCUCAGGGCACCAUAGCAGAGACACCACAGGAACUUCUGCGCUGGAUGGAGAGCAUGGAGCCCCGCCAGGGGCGCCGUGGACAGCACUUGGUGUCUCACGCUGGCCUCAGGAAAGUCCACCACUUGGAGCAGAUGCUGCUGAAUACCAGCUUCUGUGGCCACAACCUGACCUUGCAGACCAGAUCCAUCCAGUCUCUGGUCUUCAAGCUGACUUGCGAUUUCCCGGGCCUCUCCUUGAGCAGCAGCAUGCUGGAGCAUUCCCACCAGGCCAGAACCCCACAUGCCAUGCAGUUCCCUGCUGAACUAACCCAGAACGCCUGCAGGACCUCCUGGCCUGCAGAGCUUCGGCUCAUCUGCAUCUACUUCUUCAGUGCCCACUUCUUUCAGGAUGAUAGCAACUCUUCACUGCUCAAUAACUAUGUUCUGGGAGCCCAGCUGGACCAUAGACACGUGAGCAACCUCCAGGAGCCCAUCAACAUCAGCUUCUGGCACAAUAAAAGCCUGGAAGGCUACUCAUUGACCUGUGUGUUCUGGAAGGAGGGAGACAGCCAGCUGCCCCAGGGGGCCUGGAGCCCAGAGGGCUGUCGCACAGAGCAGCCCUCACCGGUCCAGGUGCUGUGCCGCUGCUACCAUCUCACCUACUUUGCGGUUCUCAUGCAGCUCUCCUCGGCCCCCAUCCCAGCCCAGCUGCAGGUGCCUCUCCAGUACAUCUCCCUCGUGGGCUGCAGCGUCUCCAUUGUGGCCUCACUGCUCACCAUACUACUGCAUGUCAGCUCCAGGAAACAGAGUGAGCCCAUCACACCGCGCAUCCACGUGAACCUGCAUGCCUCUGUACUGCUCCUGAAUGUCACUUUUCUUCUGAGCUCCACGCUGGCUGUGCCCGCCGCGCCUGGGCCACUGUGCACGGCACUGGCCGCCACCCUCCACUACGUACUGCUCAGCUGCCUCACCUGGAUGGCCAUCGAAGGGUUCAACCUCUACCUUCUCCUGGGCCGUGUCUACAACGUGUACAUCCGCCGAUACAUGCUUAAGCUCUGUGCGCUGGGCUGGGGUUUCCCUGGCUUUCUGGUGCUGCUUCUCCUCAUUGGCAAGAGCUCUGUGUAUGGACCCUAUGUGAUCCCUCUCUACAAUAGCCAGGAAAACAGCACGGGCUUCCAGAACAUGUCCAUAUGCUGGGUGUGCAGCCCCGUGGUGCACAGCGUCCUGGUCAUGGGCUACAGCGGCCUCACGUCCCUGUUCAACCUGGUGGUACUGGCCUGGGCGCUGCACAUCUUGCACAGACUGCGGGUGCGGGAGAAGGUGUUGAGCUCCUGGGCUUGCCGGGACACAGUCACUGUACUAGGCCUGACCAUGCUCCUGGGCACCACUUGGACCCUGGCCUUCUUCUCCUUUGGCAUCUUCCUGCCCACCCAGCUCUUCCUCUUCACCAUCUUCAACUCGCUGUACGGUUUUUUCCUCUUUCUGUGGUCCUGCUCCCAGAGGUGCUACUCGGCGGCAGAGAGGGAGGCGCUCAGCUCCUCCCAGGUGACGCAUUAACCCGGCUCCCGGCCUGUAGCCUCAGACUCUCGAGCUGCUGGCACUCUGAGGGCCUGGCUACCACCCAAGAAGGUAGCAUCUGAACAUCAGAGGCCCCUGAGCCCUCCAGAGAGCCUUUUCUGCCUCUGGAUCCCAGCUCCCAGAUGCAGAAGGCUGGGCAUUCCCCACCUUCCCACCUGGGGGCAGACUUGCAGGGCACUGGCCUGGGAGUCAAGUCAGGACGCCGCAUUCCAAGGCAUGGCUCUGGGUCUCAUUGUGACCCUGGGCCUGUCAUUUCUCAGAGACCCUCACUGCCACAGUGGCGAUGGGGCAAGAGACUGAUUCUGUCUCACCCAGCGGCUCUGUGAUGAGCGAAGGCCAGGGAGAAAGCAUGUCAGUCCAGCCCUGGCCUUAACCUGUGACCUCCAUUUGUCUGCUGGAGGACAGACCUCUGCCUUCCUCCAAGGGAAGACCUGAUUGCACCUGGUCUUCCAUCUAUGCCCAGUGUUUCGACAUCCACCUGGUGGCAGCCCACACCAGCCUACGCCCAAGGCCACUUUAGCCCCGUGCAGUGAUGACAACUCUAACUCUGAGCCCACCUUCCCAAAGGUCUGAAGCCCACUCCCUCCCAAGCCUUCUUGCCAGCGCUUCCAAGGCCUCUACAGGUCUUGUAGAUCAACCAGUAGCCAAGGCCACAAGGAUUUUGCUUCCUGCAGCUGAGCCAGCGGGGCCUUGGGGAUCCAGAUACUAGAUCAUGGAGUAGGAUUGAAUUUCCCAAGCAGACAUCACAGUGUGGGUUCAAAGCCACAAACUAUCUUGACCACAACUGAGAGAAUCCCCAUUGCCUUAAACCUACCUGUCAAACCAGGUGGAAAACACCCAUGAAGUCAGUGCGUUUCUCAUGAUAAACACCAGGAGGCACUGUUGGCAUGUGCGCAAAGACAUUGGCUCCAAAACUGCCCUUGGAAAAGCAGCUGUCACCUGUCUGUGAAUAUGUGGAGCAGCUGAAGAGGUUGGGACCUCCAGGACUAUGCCUGCAGGGGAGAUUGGCAUGAGGAAACGCCAGUCCUGUUCACGUAUUCAUUGUCUCUUUCUUAUGUAGCUGCCUGAGGUCACUCUUGGGAGCUUGUGUC